AUGCGUUUUAUUCUGUACUUUCUAUUUUUGUUCCUAGGUCACAAUGAAUGCGCAAAACCACGAAGCGUCAACUUAGCGCUGGAAACUGUAUUUGAAUUCAACAAUGAAACAGAUGUUGGAUUCGUUGAAACUGUCAAAGGCUUCUUGACUAACAUAAAAGAUACUAUAGAUAAUUCAUAUCAAGCCAAUGAUUAUCAGACCAGACGAAUGGAUUCAUUGACCUUUACAGAAUUCAUAGAAAACUCUAUAAAUGUACUGAAAUCUUAUAACGAUCUAGACUUAGCAUAUUUUAUAGAACUGCUUGAUACAGAAAUAAAUGAACACGAUUAUCGAAACUGCGAAGUUAAAAUAACCAACGAAUUCAGCUUACGAAGCUUUUUUGCUGACAAACUUUCAGACGCAAGAAAUUUACCAGUUACGGAAAUUAGAAGAUCUUUAGAUAACAUUUUAAGGGAACUGAGGACUAAGAGAGAAAAAAGACGUAGGAUUUAUAAUUUUCUCAAUUCUUUAGUCAAAAGACGCACUCAAGAGAGAUUUAGAAGUAUUUUGAAUUACUUACAGCUUUACAGACGUCGGCAAAUGGAGCCAACAAUAACGCUGCGCACGGUUGUUGAGAAAAGCAUACGAUCUCUCAUUAAAGAUUAUAUUUGCAAUCUUAAUUAUUCCAGUUGGCGAAAAAUAAGGCACAUGUUCAAAAUAUUCUAUAAAGAUUUAAAGAUGCCUGUACAUAAUCUUAAGAAGGAUUAUAAAUGGGAUCGACAAGUAAAGAAAGCUGUAGAAGAUAAUGACGAUUUGUAUGACCUUGAUAUUUUAAAAGAUGUUAGUAAUGCCAAAAGAGAUACAUAUGUAAAUCGAAACAGUAAGGAAAAUAAGUACCAGAUAAACACGAAUGAAGAAUACCAAAUCCAAGAGAAGAAGGAAGAAAGAUCUAAAAAUAGGAAAGGUAAAGUCAAUAUCAGUUUGACCAACUCUGAUGAUAUUCUGGAUCUCAAAAUGGACUAUGGAGAAACUCAAGAUGAAAAUAAUAGUGAACACACGAAAAGUACAAUAAAAAGAAGGAGAACUAGAAAGCCCAAAGAGGCAGAGAGUGAAUUAUCUAUUUCAAAACAUGAUAACGAAGAAUCAACACAGGACCGUAACAAUUAUUUUGAAAAAAGUAAAUCAUUUACAAUGCAUAGGAAAACAAAAAGCAAACGCCAUAGAACAUUUGUUACACUUUAUCCUGAGAUCAUAAGCUAUAUGACAAGAUCAAAUAGAAAAAAUAAAAAAACCACCGAUUAUUUUAGAAAUGACAAGAGAAGUCAAGAAAGAAAGAGCGACAUAGAAGAAGGAAAGAAGGAAAGGAGAAAGAAUAAAAAGACGACACAAGGCCUAAUAAGUAGAAUUAAUACUAAUAUAAAUAUCGGUUUACAUAAAUCUACAAAUCCUAAACUCACGAACUCUCAAAAUUCGCACAUAAAGCGUUUCAGGAUAAAAUCAAAUCUUUCAACGUUGAAACACGAAGAAAAUAAAAGAGCAAAAACUAUAAAGGCCACAACAGCAUUUAAAUCUGAAGAAAUACUUAAAAAAGAAUUUCAAAUUAGAGACCAUGCUGAAGUAGACCAUUUCGGAAGUUUAUACAAACUGCGAAACAAACAAACACCAGAAAUGGUUUAUCGUGGAUUUAGAAAAAGCAACGACUUGGCAACAUUAGGCACAACAGAAGAUACAAAUGUUAAUACAACUGUAACAACUACAUUAACGACAAAGACCUAUGGAACACUAGCAUUUUGGAAAGGAACUAAACUCCUUGAAAAUAUUACAACUAAACGCACUAGGGGCACAGAGACAUUAACAACAGAUAAAAUAGUAAACAUACUUUCCACGAGAAAUACAACUAGACUCACCUCAAAUUCCACUAAAACAACAUCUCUAGAUGCAAAUGAUAAAGCCAAUAACACUGCAUUUAAAAGUCAAAUAACUGGAAUAAAGCGUAACGAUAGUGACACUCAGAUCAAAAGCACUCGAAGUAAAUCAAAUCAGGAAACGAUAAAAUUACAGAAUGAUACAAAAUAUCUCGUGGAACCUUUUUUGAGUUUAAAAACUACGCAUGAACCAACAAUGAUUAGCCAAGUCGACCUGAGAAGGUUCUUGAAUAAUUCUAUAUUAAAUGAAGUUGGUGAGAAUCCUACAAUGAAAAAGCUGAAUGAUAGAUUUCAAGAAGAUCUUAAGAAAAUAUUUUUAGUUCCACCACCCCAACAUCCAAGAUUGAAUGAUUCUAACAAAGAUCCAAUAGAUGAAAUUGAAGAAGCAUUUAAUCUGUGA